GAGUUUGUCAUGUGCAAACAAUUUCAAAGGUACCGUUUUCUUCUCUGCUUGGAGUUCAGGACUCAGCUGACUCGGAGAUCUAACGAAGCCCUCCUCCCAGGCGGAGAGGGGUGCUGUCGCCUCCUUGCUGAUCAAUUCCUGGGGGCUCUGGAGGACUAGGCAGCGUUCCCAUGAUGCCAGACUGGCCGACGCGGGGGUGGGGGUUGGGGAGGGUACCUAGAGAUGGUCAUUGCUUCUUUGCACCCCACUUUCUAGGAAAAGCCAACUGGGGCAGUUUGUGUCAAAGUGAGUGAUCAACAGGUAUUAAAGGCCUUCUUGACACCCUUCUGAGGUGUUGUGUAAACAGAGGUACCUGGUCUCAAGGAACUUGAAACACAGGGAAACGCAGCCCUCAGUUCACUGCCCAGGUCCUUUUGAGGAGCUUGUGUGUUUUCAGCAGGAUGCCAGGUCCUUUGGGAGGUGGGGGAGACAAGCCACCUCAGGCUGCAGGAAGCCGCUGCACUAGGUGGAAGUGAUUUGAGAGCUGCCGCUGCCUAAGUUAGUGUAAGCUGGGGUCAGGGGGCUAUCAGAUGAAGGGAAUGGUGGAGGUGGGGAAGGGACUUGGAGUACUACACGUCUUGAAAGAAGUUGGGCAAAGACGAAAAGAAAAGAAGUAACAGGUGGCAGAGGUUGCAGAAGCCUCUGGAGCAGAAAUUUACCCAGUUAUCUCAGUGAGGCAGGAGGCAAAAGAUAGGAGAUGAUUCCCCCCUAGGGCUCAUAGUUGAAGGGACAGAGAGACUUGAGCAUGGUAGUUCAUGGUCAUUUGUCAAAUGCAAGGUAUGGAAAUAGUGAUGUCAGAGGGCAGAGAAGGGAGCUGUGGGCAGGGAUCACCAGGAUGGUGAGGCCCAUGAGAUGGGCCACCAACUGGAAAUAAUUGUGGCUUUCCCGAGAGGCACGGAAAUGGCCUUGGCCAGACCAGGGAAUGUUUCUCGAACAGUAAAGUAAGAGAUAAAGAUGGAGAGGAACAAUGGUUGAGAUUGUGACAGUCCUAGAAAGCCAGAUGGGGGACUUGCACUUCACCCUGUGUGUACUGGGAGUGACAGAUACCGUGAAAGAGUAUUUAGAAAGGUUUGUGGGAGUUGUGUUGGGAGACACAUCAGUUAGUAGGCUGUUCUAGUGUGGAGUAUCCAGGGUUUGGACUAGGAUAAUUGGAAAUGAGGGGAGGUUUUAGAAACAUUACUGUCAAAACGAUCUAUUUACAGAGGCCGGGUGAAGGGAAGAGAUGAAUGGAAAUUAAUGCUUUUUGGAAAUUGAUUAUACACCAGGUCCUCAGAACUGUGGUGUAGUUGGUAACUUGAAAAAUCAGAAAUGUGUGUUUAGAAGAGAAGUAACCGGCUGCUUAGGCUGUAGUGAAGUUUCUUAUAUCUGCUAAGAUAUCCAAAGGGUGUCCUGUGAGCAGCUGCUGUGCUGAGGUUGGUGGGAAGCCAAGGAGGAUGGUGGAGAGGCUGCCAAGACGAGGAGAGGGAAAGCGCUUCGAGGAUAAGUGCAGAGUCUUCUCGGUAACAGGGGCAGUGGAGGGUGCUACUGAGUGGGACUCAAGGUCUGAAUCGAAGGGAUUCUGCUUGGCCUCCAGUAUUGCCGUUGGGAUUACAUUGCUUGUUGCUGAACCCUAAAGCUGAAGAAACAACUCUUGGCAGUUGGGCUCCGAAGAGGAGGAGCUUGUGGACUCUGCUUGUCUUGAGGGAGAGCAGCAGCAUGGCCAGCGUGCUGUCCCGGCGCCUUGGGAAGCGAUCCCUCCUGGGAGCCCGGGUGUUGGGACCCAGUGCCCCCGAUGGGGCAUCAGGGCCUGUCCCACCCUUGGAGCCCCUGCUGGAGGGGGCUGCACCCCAGCCCUUCUUGGCCUCUGAGGACACUGCCUGCCAGGAGCAGCCCAGGGAGGUUCUCAAGGCUCCCUGCACCUCAAGCCUUCACCAGAUGGCUUUUCAGCCUGGGCAGAAGGUUUACGUGUGGUACUCGGGCCAGGAGUGCCCAGGUCUGGUGGAGCAGCACAGCUGGGCAGAGGACCAGGUGACCGUCUGGCUGUUGGACCAGAAGUUACAGAUCUGCUGCAAAGCAGAGGAAGUGUGGCUGGCAGAGCUGCAGGGCCCCAGUCCCCAGGUGCCAGCGCCAGAGAACGGAGAGCAGGCCCUGGCCUACAGGCCUGUCUCCAGGAACAUCGACGUCCCAAAGAGGAAGUCAGAUGCAGUGGAAAUGGAUGAGAUGAUGGCAGCCAUGGUGCUAACAUCCCUGUCCUGUAGUCCUGUUGUGCAGAGCCCUCCUGGAGCCGAGGUCAACUUCUCUGCUUCCCGUGCGGCCUGCGACCCGUGGAAGGAGAGUGGCGACGUGUCGGACAGUGGCAGCAGCACCACCAGUGGACACUGGAGCGGAAGCAGCGGCAUUUCUACCCCCUCGCCCCCCCACCCCCAGGCCAGCCCCAAGUAUUUGGGGGAUGCCUUUGGUUCUCCCCAAACUGACCAUGGCUUUGAGACCGAUCCUGACCCUUUCCUGUUGGAUGAACCAGCUCCACGAAAAAGAAAGAACUCAGUGAAGGUGAUGUACAAGUGCCUGUGGCCAAGCUGUGGCAAAGUUCUGCGUUCAAUCGUGGGCAUCAAGCGACACGUCAAAGCCCUCCACCUGGGGGACACGGUGGAUUCUGACCAGUUUAAGCGGGAGGAGGAUUUCUACUACACAGAGGUGCAGAUGAAGGAAGAACCCGCUGCUGCUGCUGCUCUGGGCCCCCCCGCCCCUGGGACUCCCAUUAUGGAAGCAGCUCCUGCCCCCAGCGUGACCAGCCCACCCCUUGCCACUCAUCCACCUCCGCCCAAAGCCCAGGCUUCCGGCCCAGAACACCCUGGCCUGGAGUCCUCGCUGCCCUCUGGGGCUCUCAGCAAGUCGGCUCCAGGGUCCUUCUGGCACAUUCAGGCUGACCAUGCGUACCAGGCACUGCCCUCUUUCCAGAUCCCUGUCUCUCCGCACAUCUACACCAGUGUCAGCUGGGCUGCUGCCCCCUCCACUGCCUGCUCCCUCUCACCGGUCCGGAGCCGGUCCCUGAGCCUCAGUGAGCCCCAGCAGCUGCCACCUGCCGUGAAAUCUCACCUGAUCGUCACCUCUCCACCCCGGGCCCCAAGCAGCGCCAGGAAAGCUCGAGGGGAGGCCAAGAAGUGCCGCAAGGUGUACGGCAUCGAGCACCGGGACCAGUGGUGCACAGCCUGCCGCUGGAAGAAGGCCUGCCAGCGCUUCCUGGACUGACCUGCCAGCUGCCUCUGCUCCCUGCUCCUGGCCCAGCCGGCUGCCAGCUGACCAAAGGUGUCACCGGCCCUCAGAGGAAACCGAAAAGAUAGAGAAUGGAAAUGCAGUUUGGGCUCUCUUGGCCAAGGUGUUAACACUUAAAGCAUUUUUUUCCCCUUUGUGGGAACAUUUUAUUUUUUAAAAAAAGAAACAAAAAUAUUUUUGUCCCCCCUUCCCCCCCCAAAAUAGGAGAGAGCCAAAACCGACCAAGGGUAUUCAGCAGCGAACUGGACAGAGACCAAAGAAUUAAUUUCCCUCCCUUUCCUGCAUCUUCUCUCUCUAGGGGAUUCGUUUGUACGUAUCAGAAGGAGGAACAGCUCAUUCUCUUUCCUGCUGAGUUGAUGACUUCUUUGCUUUCUCAACUCUUUCCGGAAAGGACUGUGAGCAAGAUGAAUUUACUUUUCUUUAAAAAAAAGAAAAAAAGUUUCUGGCUGAUGGGUGACAGUGCACAGGACUGCGUGGAGUGGGGUGAGAGUGGUGCCCAUGCUUUCCAGGGCAUGCCGUCUCUUACCACCUGGGCAGCUCCCGGGGAAGGUAAAGAAAACCCUUUCUCGGCAACAGCUGUUUGAAUCUGGGUGCCCUCAGACAUUUUGGGAUACAACUCAACAAAUGUUGUAUGGCUUCUUCUCAAAGCCCAGACUAAUAGAUUUUUAAAGACUGUCCCCAAAGAGCUGAGCCAAAAGGCUAAUAAGAAUUCACGUUUUGAAACGUGGCGGUUAAACACUACCUUGACCAUUCUCUCCUCUUUCCUCGAAGAGUUCUAGAGGGUUUCGGGUGUCUUUGGAAACUCUUUGCUCUUUCCUGAAUAAACUCCCCCCAUGUCUGUCUCUUCCCUCCAGUUAUGGAAAGGACACUUCGGAAACGCUUUGUUUUCUUUUAUGGUGGAUUCGGAAGCCUUUACCGAUGAGUUGUCUUUUGUUUGGGUGACCAGAAGAGACCUCAGUGGGUCUCCUGGCUUCACCAGGGAUUUCCCCAUUUCUGUUUCCUGCUUGGAGGGUAGGAUGGGGAAGGCCAAAGAGAGCCCUCACGGGGGUGAGAUUCAGGCUGAGGAAAUCAUGGAGGAAGAUGGGUUGGAUGAGUGAGACUGGGCUGCAGAGUGAGCAAAGCUGUUAAGGAGGAAGGAGGUUUGGGGAGUUACGUGCCAUGCCAGCUGUGAUACAGACUGGUUGGCGGGGGGGCGAGCCCCCAGGCAGGGCACGUGCUUGUUCUGGGGGUUCCCCUUUUUUCUGAGCAUGCCUCAGAGGCUGCUCGAACGUGACCACCUGGUGCCUAGCUGUCUUGGGGACAAGUCCUGGCCCUGCGUCCCAGAUGUCAGGGGCUCAGGGAUUCCCAACAAGUCACCUCUCCUAGUAAUGAGUGCCAGCAUCCACCCCUUGAUGGCAAUUGAGGCUGUCCUCUCGGUCCUGGGUGAAGACACUUGGCCACCGAGGCUGUGUUGGAUGCUUCAGAGGGACACAGAUACGUGCUUUUCAAUCUGAGACACACUGAGUGUUAUGAAACUGGCAGAUGUAACCAAUGCCAGGGGCAUGGUGUUCUGAAGGGUCUGGUGCCCUGUGUUGGGGACAGAAAGGACACCUGCACACAGGUGUCUCUGGUGGUGAUGGUGUAAGUUUUUAUAACUUAGUAAAAAAAAAAAAAAAGUAUAUUGAAUUCUGUCUCUUGGGAAAGCUCGAGAGUGGGCCAGCCCAGGGUGCCCGAGCUCCUCUUCCCCUUCCUCCCACCUCCUUGAGAACAGAGAGUUGACGGCCCCUUGUGACUCUUUCCGCCUCUCCUUAGAUCCUGUCGGUGAGGAGUGAGGCUUUCUUGACCUGUGGGGACCCAGCCCCUGGGGUCUUCUGUUCCUUCUUUCCCAGAGCUCUUGCUGCAUCUCCGCUUUAGAGAACCUGUUCUAAUUCCCCUCCUCUGUUUGGGCCAUGGAGACAUAACUAGAUAUACAGACAUUCUCCUUGUGAGGUGGGCUUCUCACGCCACUGGUGGGAGGAAAAGAAGAGAGAAGAAGAGGAUGAAACAGUUUAGAAACUGGGCUGGCUUUGUUCUGGCUCUGGGUCUUUGGUUUGGGUUCAGCCUUCCCUGCCUGCAUUUGCCCCAUCUCCUUUUCGGGGGUGGCGGCUUCCACUGCCUUCCCCCCGCCCGCACCCGUCUUGUUGCUGUUGUGUUGGUCCUUAGCACGUGCUCAGUCCUUGGGGUCGCUCCAUGUGUUUCUUCUCGGAGGGUGGGGGUGGCUUGUGCAUUGACCCAGCGAUCACGCCUGUUUUCUUUAUCUCUGUAUCUCCCUCCUCCCCAGCCCGCCCGGGCAGCAGAAUCUGCUGGGAAGAAGAUGCCGCAGAUGUGCUUUUGAAACUAACAGGACAGAUUUUCAAAGCAGUUAUCUUGGGAAACCGUUCAUCCCAGUGAUGUUACUUUCAUCCAGCAUAUUUCUCGGAUUUAGCUUCAGAUUCUGUGGUGCUGUGUUUUGAGUGGCUUUAAUGAUGCCCAGUCUGCUCCGUUAGUGUAGAGAGAGUCCAGCCAAUAAUGUCUGUGGUCAAGUGAGAUCUCAGGUUGCAAAGCAAAAGGACUAUCAAAGUAAAAUAGCUGGGAUUUAAUUACAUGACUUUUAAAGUGGCUCUGAGAGCAGUUCUGUAAUUUCAGGGAGUGUUUUCAGCACUGGCUGAGUUGCCAUAAGUGUGUAGCUGGACUCCUUGGAGCAUGAUAUUAAUUUGGAUGUGGAAACUCUGAUUUGUUGGGAGAAAUCUGUCCUGUUACUUUCAUCCCAGGUUCUGCCUUUUACCAAGGGCAAAAAAAAAAAAAAAGAGAGAGAAGAGGGAGAUAAAUCCCAUCUGUGAAUUUGUCUUAUUGGCGCCUUCCCCCCCAGCUGUCUUCCAAGUAUUAUUUUUACUGUUAAAAAUUUUUUUAAAAAAAUGUGAAAUGUAAUGUUUUUACAGCAACAAUAUGAAAUAUAUUUUAUAAGGAAUAAAAUGGUACCUUGUCUGA